AUGGACCCAACGACGCUUCUGGGAGACCUCAGGCUGGGGGUCAACCGUGAAGCAUCUAGCCACGGCGUUGAGUCACCCCCAUUGCCAACACAUCGCCAACAGCUAGACCCAUGCAAGAGGUCAAAACUGUCAUCUCUGCCCAGCGGAACAUGGCUGCAGAGUCAUUCAGUGGAACCUGGACCCUUCAGGGGAAAGGGGAAGCAGGGAGAAAUCCCAAACGCAGCAUUGCUGCUCAAGACCCCCAACAAGUUAACGCUCGGGAAGGCAUCUCACUUUAUUUCGGGAAACCGAGCCCAGGUCCAGACUCUCAACAUGUGA